AUGGAUCAGACUAAUGUUGAGUUUAGAAAACAAAUGAAUGGUUACCUGAUGCGGAAAAUGCCUUUAAAGCCGGCUAAUGCCACCACGGAUACCAGCGACCUCCCUACCACCGUAGACUGGCGAACCAAAGGCUAUGUCACUCCCGUGAAAAAUCAGGGUCAGUGCGGGUCGUGCUGGGCCUUCAGUGCCACCGGUUCCCUGGAAGGUCAAACCUUCAAGAAGACCGGUAAACUGCCCAGUCUGAGCGAGCAGAACCUGGUGGACUGCGCCAGGAAAUCCUCGUAUGGUUGCCACGGCUGCGAAGGGGGCACUCUGCAAGGCGCGUUCCAGUACGUCAUCGAUAACAUGGGAAUCGAUUCUGAAGCAUCUUACCCGUACGAAGCUAAAGAUGACACGUGCCGCUUCAGUCGUGCCAGCGUGGCCGCUACGGACAGGAUGUACACGAAUCUCCCCAGCAUGAACGAACAGGCUCUGCAGAGAGCGGUGGCCACCGUGGGACCAAUCAGCGUCGCCAUCGACGCCAGUCAUAUGUCCUUCCAGUUGUAUCACUCAGGUGUCUACGAUGAGCCUAAAUGCAGCCAGACUUCCCUCGACCACGGCGUACUGACCGUAGGUUAUGGCGUAGAGGAGGGCAAAGACUAUUGGCUGGUCAAGAACAGCUGGGGCGCAAACUGGGGAAUGAAAGGCUACAUCAUGAUGUCUCGCUGCAAGAACAACCAGUGUGGUAUCGCAACCGACGCCGUCUACCCAACUGUCUAAACCAGUGAGCGAGCUCCCUUUUUUACCUGAAGAGGGGGACGUAAAGAGUUGCUCCAAGGAUAAACUUUAACAGUUAAACCAAUUUCGAAUGAUAGAUUCAUUAGAAAUAUCACGUCUUCAUAUCGACUCAGCAUUAAACUUUAAAGUUUUCAACCUAAAAGAGCCUGGGUGGAAUCCCCCUCCAUUAACAUUUUUCCCCGAUAUCGCUGCAAUGCAUUUUUAAGGCGUUGAUCCUUUAAAAGUUUUAGAGUACCUCUUUACGGUCAUUUUGACAACAAUUUCGCGAAAAAUCAGACAAACCGUUCUUGCGCAGUGCGCAUUUUUCGGAGACGGGUCAGCCCCUCAAACAUGUAUACUCUUUCUACUGCAUUGCUCAUUUCACGCUGGCUGGCUCGCAUGUAGCCAUGAACGUCAAAUGACCGUAACAGCAAAACCGUACGUUUGAUCAAGUUCAGGCCUUGCAUUUGUAAUGAUAAGGUGUGUCUUUACAUGCAUGCCAAGUUUCCAAACAUUCUAUAUUUGUUGUUGCAUUGCAGUACAACUGAUUACAACCAUUUUGCACCCAGUGAUAUCAGUAUUACUCAGUGUACAGCUUAGUUUUUGACGCUUCGUUUCGCAUAAAUCUUUAGUUGUUGACGGUUCGAAAAUGAAGUAAAAAGGACACUUGUACCGUUUAAAAGA